GGGAGAGCUCUGGGGCCCAAGUCAGCAAAGCACCCGUGCUUCCUUGAUGUGAAGGGGUUUGCCUAAGGCUUGGGUAAUUGACAGCCCCAGGACUCCCUCUCUUCCAGGCAGAAGAUGGUCCUGCUGAAGAAGAGCUUAAAAGUCUUCACCUUGCUGCUCUCAGUGGCUCUUGCUGCUGCUCUCUGCGGGACUGCCCUGUCACAAUGGUCACCGUGGACAAAGGGACUCAUGGAGGACCUGCCAAAUGUAUUUCCACCAGGACUGAAAACCCUCUGGAAUUCACACACUUUGAUUGAAACCCAAAAGUUGCAGAAUCUGCUGGAAGAGGUCACUCAUCUGAGGGCGGAGAUCAGUAGUUUGAAGGAAUUCACCCAGAUGGCUUUGGAAUCCUGUGUCAAGACAGACUGGGCCCUUAAGAGCUCUGGAGCCACCAUUGACACACAAAGAACUUCCCAGACCUACGACUGCAAGGACAGUUGUCUCUGCAGGAUUUUACGUUUCUUCUGGACUGCCAGCCCUCCUGAUACUAUUCUGCAGCCAAAUGUUUUCCCAGGAAACUGCUGGGCUUUCAAAGGGCAUCAGGGCCAGGUUGUCAUCAGGUUGCCAGCACGAGUCUACCUGACUGCCAUCACAGUGCAGCACAUCACCAAAGAGGUCUCUCCAAGUGGGACUGUCAUCAGUGCCCCCAAAGACAUUGCUGUCUUUGGAGUGGAUGCAGACAGAGAAGAGGAAACCCUCCUGGGGAUGUUCACCUACAAUGUGGAAGAAGACCCCAUGCAGACUUUCCCUCUAAAGAACAUGCUGCUCCCCAGAGCCUUUUCACAUGUCAAGCUUCUUGUGAAGAGCAACUGGGGAAACCCAUGGUAUACCUGCAUUUACCGAGUGAAGGUUCAUGGAAAGAUGGAAAACCAGAAAGGCUCAACCAAGGGCCCAGAUAAAUAA